AUGGUAGGCUCGACUUCAAAGGAAACGCACUUCUUUCUGGACAUCACCUCUCCGUCAUUCCAAGCGAAGCCGCAACCGGCGCGGCACAGGAUGAUCUACUCACUGCUGAAAGAGGAGCUCGAUCGGCCCGGCGGAAUCCACGCUCUCCAGCUUCGGACUAAGACGCCGGAGGAGGUGGAGAGGGAGCUCGCGAGGAAAAAGGACGCACAGGGCGCCGCGUGA